AUUCUCCCCAAAUUUGUUGUUUUCUUUUAUAAAAGUUUAUUUUGCGAACUUUUAUUCUAAAGAAACUGUUUAAAAAAGCUUUCUAUCAUUCAUUACCAAAAAUUAUGUUUACUUAAUAGUUUAAAUUGCACGAUAAUUAAAUUCAGGGUUAAAUUAAAGUAAAGAAUGGAUUCUGACGGCGAUAAUUCAUCUCAAGUAGAUGAAAAAGAUAUUCUUGAUUCGUCAGUGUUUGGACCAAAUGCAAAAUUAUUUUCAUGCGAACUCUGCGAUCAGAAAUUUACAAACAAGUUAAAAAUAGCAGUCCAUUGGUCGGUGAAUCAUGGUUAUAAACUUUGUGCACUCUGCUCCAAUUAUGCCUUUCGAUAUGACACUGAUAAGAUGCAACACGAAUUGCAACAUUUGCCAUUUGGAUGUUCAAGUUGUAGUUUUGAGUUUAAUUCUGUUUACCAUACCGACAUCGAGAAACAUUACAAGGACGCUCACAAAUCAUUUCUUUGCAUGUUUUGCUCUUCAGUCAUCGAGCCGUAUUCAAAAUUCGCUAUUCAUUUUGAGAUGAAACAUAAUAUAGUUGAUAAGCGAGAAUCAUUUUUGGAUACCUCGACGCCUCUUCACGAAUUCCUAAAAGAUUCCGACACGGGUUUUUUUCAAUGUAAAUUGUGCAACAAAAAGAAGAAAACUGAUUUGCUCUUUGGGCAUUUCAUCUUCUAUCAUGGAUUAUCGAUUCAUGCAUUUGCAACGUUUAUUGUGAAGAAGGAUCCAGAAAUUCGAGUGAAUGGAUCUGCCAUAGGAAGUAUCGAUAACGAGCUGAGUGAAGGUGGCAACAACGAGACUACGAUAAAAGAAAAAAGAUCGAAAAAAGUUUGUGGCGUUUGUGAAAAUCAAAUCACAGCUGACUCAAACAUUCAUGACGUGUUUUGUCAAGGCUACAUCAUGUGCAACCAAAAGGAAUGCGAACAAUUAUUUCAAGAUGAAACAUCUUAUGGGAAGCAUCUGGAUUCUGAACAUCCGACAAGUAAUUGUAAGUUUGGAUGUCGUGAUACGAAUUUAAAAGCGAGUGAGAUUGAAGCUCAUCUUCAGAACUCCCAUGACAUUGUUGAAUGUUCACUUUGUUACAUCAUAAAUUCAUCGGGAAACUACAAAAAUCAUUUAAGAGAUAAACAUAGCGUAAAUUUGUUAAUUUAUGAAAAAGCACGUAACGAAACUUCACUCAAACUUUAUCGAGUUGAUGAUGGAUCAAAUGAAGAGAAUAAGAAGCAAGUUUUAUGUAAUUUCUGCGAUCACAAUAUCACGAAAGAUAUUCGAGAGUUUUCGUUCAUUAAUCAUUAUCAAGAUCGUCAUGAAAUAAAUAUUUCAGCAAUAAUAAGAAAUCUUGAUAAGAAUCCAAUUCCCGACCUGAUAAGCAGCAAGACGGAAAUCAGCGAAAAAGAUUGUUUGGAGAACUUUGAAGUGAUUCUUGAGACUCAAACUGAAGGUUUAAUCGAAACUGAUUUCGACACGAGUAAAGUUUAUUGUAUCGGAGCUGACAGUCAUUUAGAAAAGAAACCACGAGCCAAAAAUCAAACGCGAAUUUCAUGCGAGUUUUGCAAGAAGACAACAUUCGAUGCUUCAUGUCGACUUUAUGAACAUCUCAAUGACACUCACGGGUUUAAAUUAUUAAAUGUCAUUGAUGAAUGUGACACAUGUCAAGUGAAGAUUCAAAAAUCUGAAACGAUUUCAGACGAAGAUUCAAAAGAUUUUAAUUUGUCGCUUGUUUGUCCACUCGACGAAUCAUUUCACUUAACUAAAGAUAAUUUUAAGAGUCACAUGGAGUUUGCACAUUUAGACCAAACAUUGUCAAUUGAUAAAAUCAUGUACAAAUGUUUCGAAUGUAAUUUCGCUUAUAACAAGCUUGAAGACAUGCGCCAACAUUUUAAAGAAGCUCAUCCGGAAAAUAAAGUUAAUUAUUGUAGAAUUUGUCGUGUUCGACUUGAUGACCUGAGCGACAAUUCCGUUCAUUUCAAACUUAAUCAUGCUGACGACAUAAAACCUGUUGAACAUUUCACUUGUAAACUUUGUGAUAAAAAAUACAAAGGAAAACAUCGAGCCAAAACUCAUUACUUAAAUGCCCAUGUUAAGAAGAAAAAAUAUGUUCGGAAGAUGAUUGGAUUCAAAUGUCAACAUAAAGCAUGCAAAGAAACGUUUAACAACAAAGAUGAUCGGAAAAUGCAUUUAAUGAUCGCGCAUCCUGAUGAAAAACUUUUUGCAUGCAAACAGUGUCCAUUAAAAUUCUCAACCAAAAGCGGUCUCUUUGGACAUAAUAUGAAGCAUAAAAACAUUGUGCUUACUUGUAGCUUCUGCCAGAAGACUUUUAUUCGACGUGACUCUUACAAAGAACAUCUUUUAAUUCAUUCGGGAGUGCGACAAAAAUGUAGCUUUUGCGAGAAGACAUUUGUUCAAAGAUCUAAUCUCAUUCGUCAUGAGAGGAUUCAUCUUAAUGAUAAGCCUUACAAAUGCAAUUUCUGUGAGAAAACUUUUUCUGACAAAGGAGCAUGCACUUCACAUGAAAAUGUUCACACAAAAGCUGAGCAUUCAAAUUGUGAAGUUUGCGGAAAACAUUUUGCAAAAAAGCAGAAACUUAAAUACCACAUGAGAACUCAUACGCUUGAAAAUGUUUUUACAUGCGAUGUUUGCAAUCAAAUUUUUACACAAUCGUACUCGUUGCGGAAGCAUAAGGAAAGUCAUUUGAAGAAAGGAAGAAGUGAUAAAUGCUAUGAAUGCGAUAGAGUAUUCAAAUCAAUCAAAGCAAGAGAUAAGCACAUGUCAUCAUAUCACGCUGAAACGUUCCCAGAAGCAGAAACUCUCAUCGAAACCAAAAUUCAGUGCACAAUGUGCAACAUGAAAGAUUUCACAAUGGACACGAUAAAAGAACAUCUGAGCAAAAAACACAACAUUGACAAUCCAAAUGAAUGGGAAAGUUUCGUACGAGAAGUUGAAUUUGAAAUGGAAACUGAAGAUUCCAUGAAAUGAACUUUUUUCUUUUCCUUCUUAGUUUAAAGUGUUUUAACCGAAUAAAUAGAAUUUAGAUUAUAAAAACUUUUUGAUGAAAGUUGAUGAAAUGUUAUUCUUUUUAUAACUAUCUGAACUUAAUAAAGAUAAUAAAUUAAGA